GACAGGAAUAUUAAGAUCAUGGAAGGAAUAUCAGGAACUGCAGGAAUAUUAGAAAUAUUAGGGUUAUGACAGGAAUAAUUGGAGGAGAUUGGGAUGCGGAUCAGUCAGUGAGUGAAUAUCCCGGCAGACUUCUCCUCCCAUUGUACCUGGGCAGGGAGGGAGGGAGAGGUUGAGGUGGAGCGAGUAGGGAGGAAGCGCCGGGGAGAGGGAAACAAACUCCGAGUAAAGGUCGCCUGACAGCGGAAGGGAAACUGUCACUCACCCCGGAGUCACCGGGAAGCACCGGCUUCUAUCCGAGUAGGAUCCAACUGAAACCCGGGACUUUGUUCUACUGAAACCCCUGCAGCCUGUGUGCGCUCACCCACCGGAUCCCUCCGCUGCUGCUGCCGCCGGGUCCCUUUAAACUCACCAUCGGGUCCCCCCACUGUCUCACACUCACCUCUGCUGCCUCUGCUUCUACUGGAUCUGCCGCUGACUCUGCCUGUGUUACACCUUGUCCUGCUCCAUCUCUCUAUUGCCUGCAACUCCCUGCACCUCCCCUGAUUUAUUCACCAGUGUCCUCCUCUGCUCCCGACUCCCUGGAUGUAUUGACUCCCUGCAACCCCGACUCCCUGCACCCCCUUGUACUUGGAUCCCACAGAUCACAGGAGCCCAGAGAUGUCAGUGUAUGAACUUUACUCCCAGUACACCCGGGUGUGGAUACCUGAUCCGGAUGAUGUCUGGAGAGCAGCAGAAAUUAUCAAGGACUAUAAAGAAGGGGAUAAAAGUCUGAAGUUAAAACUAGAAGAUGAGUCUGUCAUACAGCACCCCGUGGAUCCAAACCAGUUACCGCAUCUCCGCAACCCGGAUAUCCUGGUGGGAGAGAAUGACCUGACGGCUCUGAGUUAUCUUCAUGAACCGGCCGUACUCCAUAACCUAAAAGUCCGUUUCAUGGAAUCAAAUCACAUUUACACUUAUUGUGGAAUUGUACUUGUUGCCAUAAACCCAUACCAGCAGUUGCCAAUCUACGGAGAAGAUGUUAUCUACGCAUACAGCGGCCAAAAUAUGGGGGACAUGGACCCUCACAUAUUUGCAGUGGCUGAAGAGGCUUAUAAGCAGAUGGCCAGGGAUGAAAAGAACCAGUCCAUCAUUGUAAGUGGAGAGUCCGGAGCAGGGAAAACCGUAUCUGCCAAAUAUGCCAUGCGCUACUUUGCUACAGUCGGCGGAUCAGCAAGUGAAACUAAUGUGGAAGAGAAAGUAUUGGCUUCUAGUCCCAUCAUGGAGGCUAUUGGGAAUGCCAAAACAACCCGGAAUGACAACAGCAGCCGAUUUGGGAAGUACAUUCAGAUUGGGUUUGACAAACGAUAUCAUAUCAUUGGUGCCAACAUGAGGACUUACCUUCUAGAGAAAUCGCGUGUUGUUUUCCAGGCUGAUAUGGAAAGGAAUUACCAUAUUUUCUACCAACUUUGUGCCUCUGCCAGCUUGCCGGAGUUCUCUGAGCUGUCAUUAGCUGAAGCCGAGGAGUUUUUUUACACUAACCAGGGAGGUGAUCCGGUUAUUGAUGGAGUGGAUGACUCUGAAGACUUUGAGAAGACGAGACAGGCUUUCACACUUCUGGGAGUGAAGGAGUCUCAUCAAAUGGGCAUCUUUAAGAUUGUGGCUUCCAUUCUGCAUCUUGGAAAUGUUGCGAUCCAGACGGAGCGGGAAGGGGAAUCGUGUAACCUGUCGAAAGGGGAUAAGCACCUGAAUCAUUUCUGCAAUUUGCUGGGGCUGGAGCAAGACCAAAUGCAACACUGGCUGUGCCACAAGAAACUCGUCACCACCUCCGAAACCUACGUCAAAACCAUGUCCGCCGAACAGGCCGUAAAUGCGAGGAACGCCUUGGCCAAGCACAUCUACGCUCAGCUCUUCAAUUGGAUUGUGCAACACGUGAACAAGGCCCUGCACACCACCAUUAAGCAGCACUCCUUUAUUGGGGUCCUCGACAUAUACGGGUUUGAAACCUUUGAAAUAAACAGCUUUGAGCAGUUCUGCAUCAAUUACGCCAACGAGAAGCUGCAACAGCAGUUUAACUCGCACGUCUUUAAACUGGAACAAGAAGAAUACAUGAAAGAGCAGAUUCCAUGGACCCUGAUAGACUUCUAUGACAAUCAACCUUGUAUCGAUUUGAUUGAGGCAAAGUUGGGCAUUUUGGAUCUUCUAGAUGAAGAGUGCAAGGUCCCCAAAGGAACUGACCAGAACUGGGCACAGAAGUUAUAUGACCGGCAUGGAAGCAGCCAACACUUCAAGAAACCCAGAAUGUCUAAUGUGGCUUUUAUUGUGGUGCAUUUUGCUGACCAGGUGGAGUAUCAAUGCGACGGAUUUCUGGAGAAGAACAGAGACACUGUGUAUGAGGAACAGAUUAACAUUCUGAAGGCCUCAAAGUAUCCACUGGUUGCUGACCUGUUUCAAAAUGAAAAAGACGCUGUUCCUCCUACUCCGACUGGGAAGGGUAAAAUCAGUGUUCGUCCUGCAAAACCUGCUCUGAAAAGUGCUAAUAAAGAACAUAAGAAAACUGUGGGACAUCAGUUCCGGAACUCCCUGCAGCUGCUGAUGGAAACCUUGAAUGCCACAACUCCCCACUAUGUGCGCUGCAUUAAGCCCAACGACUAUAAGGAGUCUUUCAGCUUUGAUCCAAAGAGAGCCGUGCAGCAGCUGAGAGCAUGUGGCGUGCUGGAGACUAUCCGGAUUAGUGCUGCCGGCUUUCCAUCCAGGUGGACCUAUCAUGACUUCUUCAACAGGUACCGAGUCCUAAUGAAAAAGAAGGACAAUUCUCUGGGAGACAAGAAGCUGGUCUGUAAGAAUGUCUUAGAGAACCUUAUCAAGGAUCCUGACAAGUUCCAGUUUGGACGGACAAAGAUUUUUUUCCGGGCUGGCCAAGUGGCCUACUUAGAGAAACUGCGCGCAGACAAGUUCCGUGCCGCUACCAUUAUGAUUCAGAAGACUGUACGCGGCUGGCUUCAAAGGGUGAAAUACAGAAGGAUGAAGAAGGCUGCAGUUACCAUCCAGAGAUAUACACGUGGGCACCUUGCCCGGAGGUUGGCUCAGCACUUCAGGAUGACGAAGGCUGCCAUCCGCUUCCAGAAGCAAUUCCGAAUGAUCCGCGUGUAUCGUGGCUUUCAGAAGACUCGCAAGGCAGCUAUCACUAUCCAGUCCUACACCCGGGGAAUGUUUGUCAGGAGAGCUUAUCGGCAGCUUCUGGAGCAGCACAAAGCCACCAUCAUCCAGAAACACUUGCGUGGUUGGUUGGCCCGCAAACAGUUUACCAAGUUCCGCAGCGCGGCCGUUGUUAUUCAGUGUUACUACCGCCGCAUGAAAGCCCGACGGGAGCUCAAACAGUUGAAGAUCGAAGCCCGAACAGCAGAGCACUUUAAGAAGCUCAGCGUGGGCAUGGAGAACAAGGUGGUCCAGCUGCAGAGGAAGCUUGAUGAGCAGAACAAAGAGCAGAAAGACCUGAAGGAGCAACUGGCAGUUGUGACUUCUACUCGUGCAGUCGAGGUUGAGAAACUUCAGAAGGAACUCGAGAAGCAAAGGCAGGCUCAGCAGGACGAGAACCAACUCAGCAGCUUGCAGGAGGAACUGGAGGCUCUGAGAGAAGAACUGGCCAAAUCGUACAAUGAGAAGAAGAUCGUAGAAGACACUCUCAUGAGUGAGAAAGAGCAGCUGCUGCAGCGCGUCUCUGAGCUGGAAGAGGAGAAUUCUCAUUUGAAAGAAGAAAAAGAGGAACUCAAUAAUAAAAUCAUUCUGCGAUCUGAAGAUGAAUUUACCCAAAGUACAGUCAAGGAGAACCUGCAGAUUAAGAAGGAUCUUGAGGAGGAAAGGUCCCGGCACCAGAAUCUGGUAAAGGAAUAUACAAGGUUGGAGCAGAGAUAUGACAACCUGAAGGAGGAGGUGAACAUUAUUAAGCAACAAAUGCCAGGGCACAGGAGGAAUCCGUCCAAUCAGAGCAGCUUAGAAUCUGACUCCAAUUACCCCUCAAUAUCUACUUCUGAGAUCGGGGACACAGAGGAUACCAUCAAUGAGGUGGAGGAGGCCGGGCUGGAAAAGGCUGCCAUGGACAUGUCUCUGUUCCUGAAGCUGCAGAAGAGAGUGAGGGAACUUGAGCUUGAGAGGAAGAAGCUGCAGAGCCAACUGGACAAAAAAGAACAGCAAGAAAAUAAAAAAUCACAGGUUAUAGACACAGCCAAUGAGGUGACUGCAGACCGUGACACUGACAUUGCCUACAACAAUCUCAAGAGGCAAGAACUUGAGUCUGAAAACAAGAAGCUUAAAAAUGACUUGAAUGAGACGAGGAAGGCAAUAGCAGAUGGAGCAGUAGAUGGCUCAAGCGACGAGGCCAGGAUUAUCAUGUUACUCAACCAACUGAAGUCGGCCCACGAGGAGCUGGAGGUGCGGAAGGAAGAAGUGCUCAUGCUCAGAACCCAGAUUGUAAAGGCCGCUCAACAUAAAGAGGCAGAGAGGAUUAUGAGCUCAGAAGCCAGUUGGCCAAACAGCAACAAGGAAAUGGAUGAAGACGAUGCCAUUGAAGCCUAUCAUGGAGUCUGUGAGACAAACAGAAAGACUCAGGACUGGGGGUAUCUAAAUGAAGAUGGUGAGCUUGGCCUGGCCUAUCAAGGCUUAAAGCAAGUUGCCAGGCUUCUGGAGGCUCAGCUUCAGGCACAAAUCAGGCAGCACGAUGAGGAGGUGGAGAUACUGAGCUCUCACAUUGACUCCCUAAAGGAAGAGUUGGAGAAGCAGCAGCAGGUUCUACUUCAAGCUCUUCAGCUUUCCCCAGAGGCUCAGGUGGAGUUUGGGCUUCAGCAAGAAAUUACCCGUCUCACUAAUGAGAACCUGGACCUUAAGGAAUUACUGGAGAAAUCAGAAAAGAACGAGAAGAAAUUGAAGAAACAACUAAAGAUUUACAUGAAGAAAGGGCAGGAUUCUGAAGACACAGUGCAGACAGAGAGGAAACCUGAGCUCACCCGUCAGGCGACAGUACAGCGAAUCGAGAAGGACUUCCAGGGAAUGUUGGAGUACUACAAGGAGGAAGAGCCACUGCUUGUAAGAAAUCUCAUUAUAGACUUGAAGCCUGAGCAGAUGUCUUCCAUGGUUCCUUGUCUGCCUGCGUAUAUCCUCUUCAUGUGCAUCAGACACGCAGACUACAUCAAUGAUGAUCAGAAAGUCCACUCCCUCCUCACUUCCACCAUCAAUGGAAUAAAGAAGGUGCUAAAGAAGCAUCACAGUGAAUUCCAGAUUACAUCUUUGUGGCUGUCCAACUCCAGCCGUCUGCUCCAUUGCCUGAAACAGUACAGUGGAGACGAGGGCUUCAUGACCAGCAAUAGUCCCAAGCAGAACGAGCAUUGCCUGAAGAACUUCGACCUCACCGAGUACCGCCAGGUUCUCAGCGACUUGUCCAUCCAGAUCUACCAGCAGAUGAUAAAGAUUGCGGAAACACAUAUGCAGCCAAUGAUCGUGUCUGCUAUGUUGGAAACAGAAAGCAUCCAAGGCCUAUCUGGGGUAAAGCAGACGGGGUACAGAAAGAGGACCUCCAGUAUGGCGGAUGGGGAUAAUUCCUACAGCCUAGAAGCCGUCAUUCGCCAGCUGAACGCAUUCAAUAGCAUCAUGUGUGACCAUGGCCUGGAUCCCGAGAUCAUUCAGCAAGUCUUCAAGCAGCUCUUUUACUUGAUUAACGCCGUCACCCUGAAUAAUCUGCUGCUGAGGAAGGACGUUUGCUCGUGGAGCACUGGAAUGCAACUAAGGUAUAACAUCAGUCAGUUGGAUGAAUGGCUGCGGGGGAAGAACUUGCAUUCGAGUGGCGCUGCUCAGACUAUGGAGCCGCUGAUCCAGGCUGCACAGUUGCUGCAACUCAAGAAGAAGACGGAGGAGGAUGCGGAGGCCAUAUGUUCUUUAUGCACAGCCCUGAGCACCCAGCAGAUUGUGAAGAUCCUGAAUCUCUAUACACCAGUGAAUGAGUUUGAAGAGCGUGUGACCGUGUCCUUUAUCAGAAUCAUUCAGGCUCAGUUGCAAGAGCGGAGCGAUUCUCCUCAGCUGCUGAUGGAUUCCAAAUACAUGUUCCCAGUCCUGUUCCCUUUCAACCCCUCGGCCAUCGCUUUGGACUCCGUUCAGAUCCCUCCUUCCCUCAAGCUGGAUUUCCUCGUGAAAGUCUGAAGAAGGAAAAAGACUAUCACUGUAGUGGGGAAAAAAGAAUUCUGUAUAAAUAUAUUUAAUAUUGUGGACCAAGAAGAGAAGCUGCAGUUCUGUCAGUCGAGUUCCGCAGACUUAUAACGCACUGAAACUCGUUGGUUUUUUUUUAUGCCUCAGUUUAAAGGAAAUAGAUAAAAGCUUUUUUUUUAACCUGUGUGAAAGUUUUAAAAGUUGGUGCUAAGAACUGGCAUUUUGAAGGUGGCGCCUAAUACAUAGUAACAUAGUAAGUUAGGUUGAAAAAAGACACUCGUCCAUCAAGUUCAACCUUUUAACUCUAUAUAUAACCUGCCUAACUGUCAGUUGAUCCAGAGGAAGGCAAAAAAACCCCAUCUGAAGUCUCUCCAAUUUGCCUCAGAGGGGGAAAAUUCCUUCCUGACUCCAAAAUGGCAAUGGGACCAGUCCCUGGAUCAAUAAGGCCAUUUUAUUUGAAAAGGACAAAAGCAGUUUAGGGUCUUUCAUGUUGUGAGCCAAUCAUCCUCUAUUUCACAUGUUUGGGUGCUGGAUAGUUCUUAAAGUGGAAGUAAAGUCUAGAAUAAGGCUA